AUGGCUGAUAUAGUUUUUUUUAUUGUAAGUUGUUUAACGUUCAUUAUAGGGAAGUUAAGUCCUAGUACUAGUAUUUCACUCCCACGAGAACUCCUAACCCUAUAUAUCUGCAAUAAGCUUCGUUUAGACAACAAUGCAAUUGAAUUAGCCCCUAGAGACUAUGGUAAGCUAGUUCAAGAAACUCCACUUGGAGUUCUGUACCCGUCAUUAGUUGAUGAUAUCGCCAUGCAGAUAAAAUUUUCAUAUGAUUCUCCAAACCCUUUUAGCAUAGCGGCUAGGGGUCGAAGCCACUCAAUCCGAGGCCAGGCCAUGGCACACAAUGGGGUAGUGGUGCAAAUGACUUCUUUGAAACAUUGUAGUUAUGAUAGUGGUAUUAGGGUUUUUAGGAACCCUAGUUCAUUAUUAGGGUUUUAUGCAGAUGUUGGUGGUGGUGAACUUUGGAUUGAUGUUUUGCUAGCCACACUUGAGCAUGGGCGUGCACCAGUUUCAUGGACUGACUAUCUUCACCUAACUGUUGGUGGAACUCUCUCUAAUGCUGGUAUUAGUGGUCAGGCAUUUGUUUAUGGUCCCCAAAUCAGUAAUGUUCAUGAAAUGGAUGUUAUUACUGGGAAAGGAGAGCCUGUCACUUGUUCCAAACACAUCAACUCGGAAUUGUUCUAUGCAGUUCUAGGAGGUCUAGGCCAAUUUGGGAUCAUAACCAGAGCAAGAGUUGCCUUAGGGAAGGCUCCGAACAGGGUUAAGUGGGUCAAAAUGUUGUACCAUGAUUUCUCAUCCUUCACUAGAGACCAAGAACAUCUAAUCUCCAUUAAUGGAGGACUUGAUUAUUUGGAAGGUUUUGUGGUGGUGAAUCAGAACCCUCCAAAUAACUUGAGAUCAUCUUUUUUCUCACCAUCUGAUCAACUGAAAAUAAAUUUUCUAGUAGGCAAACAUGGUGUUAUCUACUGCUUAGAAGUCAUCAGGUAUUAUGAUGAUCUCACCAUUGAUAUUGUCGAAAAGGAACUGCCAUUGUUGCUGAAAGGGUUGAACUAUCUUCCUGGUUUCAUCUUCAAGAAAGACAAAUCGUUCGUAGAGUUUCUCAACAGAGUGAGAAUUGGAGAGAUGGAGCUUGAAGAAAUGGGACUGCACGAUGUUCCUCAUCCAUGGCUAAAUCUCUUUGUUCCAAAAUCAACUAUCAUGGAUUUCAAUGCUGGUGUUUUUCUUGAGAUUCUUAAAAAACAAAACAACAACACAGGGCCUAUUCUUGUCUACCCGAUGAACCGAAGCAAGUGGGAUGAUAGGAUGUCUGCAGUCAUACCAGAUGAAGACACAUUCUACACCGUUGGAUUGUUGUUUUCAAGUGGUGAAGAUGAUUGGGAGGUCUUUGAAGAUCUAAAUAAAGAAGUACUAAAUUUUUGUGACAAAGCUGGGAUUAAAGCUAAGCAAUAUUUUCCUCAUUACAGUACCAAAGAAGAGUGGAUGAAUCCUUUUGGUUCAAAAUGGGAUACUUUUCAAGAGAGAAAAGCUCAGUUUGAUCCCAAGAUGAUUCUAUCUCCUGGGCAAAGAAUUUUCAACAAUUCUGUUUAAGGAUAGACUCAUAUGUUUCUAAUAGUUGUAUGUUCUGAUGCGCUGUGUGGUUGAUGAAAAAAUAAUUUGUCUUAUUAUUGUAAGAUAGUUUGUCUUAUUGUACUAUAUGGUUGUAAUAUUGUAUUAUGGCUUGUAAUUGUUUAUUCAAUUUUAAUAGAAAGCUCUAAUAGAGCUGCUCUAAAAGCAAUUCUAGUGAGCUGGCAACCAAAAAAAAUAGAGAAAAAAAAAAAAAGGUAAAAGACAAAAUAUAAAGAGGUAAAAGACAAAUUAAUACUCAUUUAGAGCUCCUCUUUUAGAUGUCUCAACCAUUUUUCUUGUUUAUUAUUGAGUUUGUAUCAUUAUUGUACUAUCCCCCAAAGAUCUCCUCCUUAUAAGUGGGCAUUUAAUAAACUUUUUAUUUAUUGUGUGCUUAA